AUAUCCAUUCCGGCUGUCCAGUUAUUACUGUAUUAUCUGUGUCCCAGUAGCAACAGGCGUUGAAUGAUGUAUUUGUAAACAAACCGGAGAAAAUUAAGUGAUAUUUUUUUCUGUUGUAAAAAAAGGGAAAACGGAUUAUUGGUCUUAUUCUUAAUUCAUUAAAAGCAUUAUGUAGCUUCCAUUUACAAUCUUAAAUUGUAAAUAUUAAUAGUUUAUUAAUGAAUAAACUAUGAAUUCAGUUGAAAAUGAAGAAGAUGAAUUAUUAUUUAAAUUGCAUAGUGAAGCUUCUAAAAGAGGGAGCAAUGCUCUUUCACUUCGAGCUUUUGAAGUAGUUGCUUUUAGUUCUCAGUAUGGUUGUGAAAAUUCUUUAUCGUAUACAGCAGAGAAUAUUCUUGGCCCUGCUACUAUUUAUCCUCGAGCAGGCGAUCAUGCUUAUACAUUUCAAAUGAAAACAUAUGGACAGUGGUGGAAUAGUUUACCAUCUAGUCGUAGAAUAGUUAGUAAUCUUCCAAAUGGUACAUUUGCUGAAAGUCAAGAUUUUAUUGAAAUUCGUGUUGAAAAGAGAGUCGCACCUUUGCUGAUGCGUGUAUAUGAAGUGUAUAAUCCCGGUGCUAUAGUCAAAAUCCUUUGCUAUUGCUAUGAGACUGAAAGUAGGUGGGUUAUCUUAUGGCAAGGAGCACCACAAAUUCUUCUUCCUGAUAAAUCACAUUGUUUCAGUGUUGAAUUUGAAUGCAUUAACUUUUUAACAGACUAUUACAGAAUUGAAUUUCAUCACAGUCAUUUACAGUAUUACAGUGAAAUUGAUGGUAUUAUUUUAUAUGGUGAAGAUAGAAUCCCUCCUUCUUUACCUAAUUAUUGUCUUGCACCUAAAAAUUUUCUUUAUCCAAAAGAUGCCUUUAAGCAUGUGAAUAACAGUACAUGCAAUCAAAGGAAUGAAAAUGGUCCUGAUGGUAAAACAAAGUUUUCUGCAUAUUUUGAAACUCUUCCAAAAGAAGUAAUGCAUUUAAUCCUUGGCCUCUUAGAUUUCAAAACUCUCUGUAUUGCAGCUCAAGUCUCCCGCUUAUUUCGCACAGAGUGCUAUGACCCUAUAGUUUGUAAAGAAAUAAAUUUGAACCUUUAUUGGCAUUUGGUUUUGAUAAGAAAAUUGCUAAAGGAUUAUGAAUUAACCAAGAAACAAAUCAUUUGAUAGUAAAAAGAAGGGGGCUGUUUGACCAUACAGAUUUAAAUAAUCUUCAAAAG